AACUUUCAGUAGUAAAUAACAGAACACGUUUACAGCUGAAAAGAUAUUUAUAUUUGAAGUUAAUUGAGCUUUUUCGAAAUAUUAAUUGAAAAGACUGAAUUAAGUUGGUGAAUUUUACCUGUUUGAUUUAUAAUCUGAUAAUUAUUGACUCAGCAUUGUAGCAUGUAAUAUUCAACUUUAUUAUUAUGUAAAGUAUCAGAAGUGGUUUAAGCUGAGUUAACUGUUUAUAUCUAUUUUCAUUUCCGGUGUGUGAGCUGGUAUGUGAGCAUGAGUGACAGUAAUUGAAUAUAAUUUGAUUUUUUUUUAUUUGUGUUAAUAAACUUAUUUGUUGUUCCUGAUUGAUAUUGUUUUUCCUUCUCAACUCUACAAAAUCCAAAAAGAACUCAUGACAUAUGGUGGCAGCGGUGGGAUUUUGUAGGAGUUUGUUGAGAGGGAAAAUAUCUAUUAGAAUUAACAUUUAAGUCAUUUUUGAAAAAGUUCAAUGAAAUAGAGUAAUUUUUUAAAGAAAAGUUAUUUGCAGAUAAUAGUUAAACUGAAAGAGUACUCGUUGGCUGGUUUUGUUGUUGAGUUGUGGUAGUUGGUUGAAGUUCACGAUGUCGUUACCUAGUUGGGUGCAGGAGGCCAUUGGUAAGGGUGAGGAUUUAACGGUUUGUCUGGAGAUGUGGAGACAUGCUAGCGCAGUGGAGAGAGAGGAGCGUAUGGCCAGACGAGAGAAGGAAAAGGAGGAGAUCGAGAUUCAGAGGCUACAGCUAGAGAAGGAUGCGGAGGAAAAGAGACUUCUUUACGAGAGGGACUUGGAAGAAAAGAAAUUACUCCAUGAAAAAGAGUUAGAGGAAAAGAAGUUCCUUCAUGAGAAAGACUUAGAGCAAAGAAAAUUAGAGGUAAGAAUGAGAGAACUAGAUUUACAGCAACAGGCCUUGCAGGAGAAGCCACAUGGUCCAUGGCCAGAUGCAGGAGCUAAAGAAACAAAACAUGAGGUAAAGUUUACACUUCCUAAGUAUGUUGAAGGGGAAGAUAUAGAUGUGUUCUUGAGGUCUUUUGAGCGGUUAGCUAUACUUCACAAGUGGGACAAAUCAGAGUGGGCCUUGCGUUUAGUACCCCAGCUUACAGGUAAGGCUUUAGAUACGUACGCACGGUUAGGUGAUGGGGAAGCUAGCGACUAUGAAGUUAUUAAGCAAGCAAUUCUUAAGAGGUAUAACCUUACAGCCAGUACUUACAAAGACAAAUUCAGAGGGUGUAGACAAUAUCCCACUGAAACUUUUAGAGAGUUUCAUAGUCGUGCAGUGAAUCAUUUUGAUCACUGGUGUCAAAUGGAAAAGGUGAAUCAGAGGUACAAUGUUCUAGUCGAUGUUAUUAUGAGAGAGCAGCUCAUUAACAGUUCCUCUAGGGAUUUACAAAUUUGGUUGAAGGAGAGACAACCUAAGACGGUAGGUGAAAUGGUAGAUUUGGCUGAAGCAUAUCAAAAUGCACAUCAAGGGUCGAUGGUGACGAACAAAGCCGUUGGGUAUACCAAGGAUAUGAAAGGUAAGAUUACUGGGGCUAAGGGCAACACAAGUCCGUUGGUAAGCCAACAGAACAAAUUCGAGAAGAAAUGUUUUCUCUGUAACAGAGUGGGUCAUUUCAUGAGUAGUUGUCCUUUACGCAAGCCAGGUAUCAAGGGUGCAGUUGGUUGGAAACCAGCUGGAGAUAAACAAGGUACGAUUCAAGCAAGCGGUGGUAAAGAGAAAGCAGGGUUAAUUCACUCCCCUACUAAGAGUAAGGAUGGUGUUUCUGUAGAACUUCCUGUUUCAGUUAAAGAUAAGAUGGAAGUUAUCCCAGAUAACAGAGACAGAGGUCUGAAAUUAGAGGAGGGGUUUGUGAACGGUAAGAGUGCUUCAGUACUUAGAGAUACAGGGUGUACAUCUAUACUAGUUUCAGAAAAACUGGUUACAUCGGAUGAUAUGACAGGGGCAAUGAGUGAAGUUACUCUUGCUAAUGGUAGUUCUCAGCGGUGUCCAGAGGUCUGGAUACACGUGGACACACAGUAUGUGAAAGGUAAAGUAGUGGCAUUGGUGCUUAACUCUCCUUUUGCUGAUUUAAUAGUAGGUAAUUAUACCAGAGUUGAUAUUCCAGAGCAGAAACAAAGUAAGGUGAGAGAGUCACUAGAUGAGUCUUGUCAAGCAGUAGAAACAAGAUCUGCAGCAAAACAAAAAGAACAUAGUCAGGUAGAAGAGAAGCUGGAGCUUGGUUCUGAUGUGAAUGUCAUGGAUUCGAAGGAAGAGUGGAUACAAGAGAAAGGUAAAGAUCCGAGUCUUGAAAGGUUAAGAAAGAGUAUAGAUAAGAAGUGUACAGACGAUGGAGAGAGCUACAUAACAAAGGAGAAAGGUUUGUUAUACAGGGUUUUCAAAACGGAUAAAGACAGUCUACUUAAACAGUUAGUAGUACCAGCAAAAUUUAGAGGGCAAAUACUAUCGAUGGGGCACGACAUUCCACUAGCGGGACAUCUUGGUAUCAAGAAGACAAGAGAAAGAAUUCUGACGAAUUUUUUUUUGGCAAGGUAUUUUUGAGGACACAAAAAGGUACUGUAAGUCAUGUCCCAAGUGCCAGAAGGGAACCUCCAAAACGAGAGUAAGUAAAGUUCCCUUAGUUCAGGUGCCGCCAAUCGAGACGCCGUUUCAGAGGGUAGCUAUUGAUAUGGUGGGCCCAUUACCCAGAACAAAGAGAGGUAAUCAGUACAUUCUAGUUCUGUGCGAUUACGCAACAAGGUAUCCCGAGGCGAUACCACUUAGAAGUCAAGAGGCAGAGGUGGUAGCUGAGGCGUUAGUGGAGGUGUUUUCGAGAGUUGGGGUCCCAAAGGAGAUACUAUCAGAUCAAGGUACAAACUUUAUGUCCUCUCUUAUGACAGAGUUAUGUCGCUUGUUAAGCAUUCGUAAGUUGAACACAACACCUUACCACCCACAGGCAAACGGGCUGGUGGAAAGAUUCAACGGCACACUUAAGAGAAUGCUUCAAAUAUACGCACAAGACGAGCCAGGUAAGUGGGACAAGUUGUUGCCAUAUUUAUUAUUUGCAUAUAGAGAAGUUCCACAGGAGUCCACGGGAUUCUCUCCUUUCGAGCUGAUGUAUGGAAGGUUUGUAAGAGGUCCUUUGACCAUUCUUAGAGAAAGCAUUGAGGAGGAAGGUGAUGAAGAUAAUCAAUUACAACCAUCAGUACUCAGCUUUAUUAUAGAAAGCAGAGAAAAGUUGGCAAAAAUGGCAGAUAUUGUGUUGGAGAAUGAGGUAGGUAGUAAGCAGGAACAGAAAAGGUACUAUGAUCGGAAAGCGAGGCAUAGGUCUUUUGAGGUGGGAGAAAAGGUACUGGUAUUGUUACCCACAAGUACUAGAAAGUUAUUGGCUCAGUGGAAGGGACCAGUUACUAUUACGGAAAAGGUAAGUCCCGUAGAUUAUAGGGUAAAGUACAAUAAUGGGGUCACAAAGGUCUAUCAUGUCAAUAUGUUAAAGAGAUGGAUAGACAGAGAUGCUGACCAGGUAGUAGCAACAGCAGUAUGUUCGGUCGACAUGUCAGAUGAAGAUGAGUGGAUAGGCAAUCCUUUGAUGGAUGUUAGGGAUACGGUGAAGGAUGUGAAGAUAGCACAGACGCUAUCAAAGGAACAAACAGGUGAAUUACAGAGUUGUUUAGAAAAGUUUAGUAGUGUGUUGACAAAUGUACCAGGUAGAACUAGCUUACUGAAACAUAAGGUGGUAACUACUAGUGAUGUUCCUGUGUGUCAAAAGCCAUAUCAGAUUCCACAUAUGUUGAGAGAUGAGGUGAAGAAAGAACUGUCUGCAAUGAUAGAAGCAGGUAUUGUAGAACAGUCAGUUAGUCCUUAUGCAUCACCUGUCGUUAUCAUACCGAAGAAGGACAAGAGUAUCAGGUUUUGUGUAGACUAUCGGAGGUUAAACCAGGUAACUGUGUUCGAUCCAGAACCUAAUGCUCAAAUUGAGGAUAUCAUUGAUCGACUAGGUGAGGCUAAGUAUCUUAGCAAGAUAGAUUUGACUAAGGGCUAUUGGCAGAUUACUCUAGAAGAUGACGCCAAAGAAAAAUGCAUUCAUCACUCCAUUCGGUCAUUAUCAGUUCACUGUGAUGCCGUUUGGAAUGAUGAAUUCGGCAGCCACUUUUAACAGGUUGGUUAGACAAAUACUAGCAGGUCAUCAGGAGUAUUCAGAUUCCUUUAUUGACGAUAUUAUUAUCUUCAGUAAGGACUGGUCUAGUCACCUUGAACACAUCAGAUUAGUGUUAAAAGCUAUUCAGGACGCAGGAUUAACAGCUAAUCCGAAGAAGUGUGAGUUUGGGUGUAGAGAAAUGGAAUUUCUUGGACACAAGGUCGGAAAUGGUCAGGUAAGGCCAACUUCAGACAAAGUACAGGCAAUCUUAGAUAUUCCUGUUCCAACAAAAAAGAAAGAUGUGAGGUCAUUCUUAGGUGCUAUGAACUUUUAUAGGAAGUUUAUUCCCAAUUUUUCUUCCUUGUCUGCUUCACUCUCUGAUCUUACUAGAAAAACACAGCCAAACACAAUCAUAUGGACAGAGGAACAUGAUGAGGCAUUUAGGAAUCUGAAGGAGAAAUUGGUAAGUGCACCUGUACUCUGGAAUCCAGACUUUACAUUAGUGUUUGUUUUACAAACCGAUGCAAGCGACAGGGGACUGGGGGCGGUCUUAUUGCAGGAGAAGGAUACAGAGUACCAUCCGAUCGUUUACCUCAGUAAAAAACUACUUCCCAGGGAGCAGCAUUUCGCCGUUGUGGAAAAAGAAUGCUAUGCGAUUGUAUGGGCGGUGCAGCGUCUGCGAAACUAUUUGUAUGGUAAGCAUUUCAUUAUAGAAUCGGAUCACAGAGCGUUGCAGUGGCUUAAGACGAUGAAGUCCCAAAAUCCUAGACUACUUCGUUGGAGCUUGGUUUUACAAGAGUACAAGUACACAGUGAGGCAUAUUCCAGGCAGGGAUAACAAAUUAGCUGACUUUCUUUCAAGGGCUGGUUAGCCGAUACGUCAACUUAUUCUAGAUUUAUUUUGCAAUAUUUAUAAAUAUUGGCAAAUAAAUGGGGGCGUAUGUGCAGAAGUUGAUUUUUUGUUGUAUAUAUAAUUUUAAUUUUGUUCGAAGGGGGUUCCAUACAUUUGAGUCUGUUUUGCCACGAGUAUAUAAAGGGACCGGUUUUGUCGGGAUGGUCAGAUCCAGUUUUGUGUCCGGUAGCGUGACCAGCCGGAGGUGUGCCACGUUUGCUGUUUCCCCUGCAUGAUUAUACAAGUGGCGAAUAUUUUGGUGAGAUAUAGCACCGAAUGUUAACGGGUAGCCAUAUAACUUGCCAGGAGGAUUAUUGCAGCGUGUUUGUGCAGUUCUAGCCAUGCGUAAGGGGCUUAGAGACGAGGUUUUGAUGUAUGGGCCUACUGAGGGUCGUUUGACGAGGUCUGAGGCUUAUUGACGUUUAUGCAUGGAGGGCCACGUGCGUCUUAUCCAAGGUCAACACCGUUAAGGGCGUGGUAGGAUAACCGGAGCGGGAGGCUAAGACCCGGGGCUCUGCGAGUUAGGAACUACUAUUUUGUGGACCACGGAACUUGGUGUGACGUUGACGUUACCUGUAUGGCAAGAGCGCCGUGGUGCAUUUUCUAGGACACGUGUCGCUGACCUGAUUUGUGAACCAGAACUUUGAGUAACUUUCAGUAGUAAAUAACAGAACUCGUUUACAUUUUAAAAGAUAUUAUUGUUAUUUGAAGUUAAUUGAGCUUUUUCGAAAUAUUAAUUGAAAAGACUGAAUUAAGUUGGUGAAUUUUACCUGUUUGAUUUAGAAUCUGAUAAUUAUUGACUCAGCAUUGUAGCAUGUAAUAUUCAACUUUAUUAUUAUGUAAAGUAUCAGAAGUGGUUUAAGCUGAGUUAACUGUUCAUAUUUAUUUUCAUUUCCGGUGUGUGAGCUGGUAUGUGAGCGUGAGUGAGAGUAAUUGAAUAUAAUUUUUUUUUUAUUUCUGUUAAUGAACUUAUUUGUUGUUUC